CCAAUAUCACCAACUCAAUUUCUCCAACUCCAAAACAACAUUCAAAAAACCUCGAGUCUUUAGGAGUCUGCCAAUUUCCCCGAUUCCUCGUUAUUUCACGUCGAAUAUAUUGUGACCGGCACAGUUGUUUAUUUCCCCCCUAACCACCGCAUCCCCGCAUCCUGCAUAAACAAUGGUGAGUCGCGCCGUGUUUCCUCCAGUUGUCCGUCCCAGGGUUGCAGCCAAACCUAGUCCGCUCCGCCCCAGCACCAGCGGCAAAAAAAAAAGCUUCCUCAGCCAGGGCAAGGCAAGGGCGAGAUAGCCGGAAUAUCUCAUCUGGCUUCGGAGGAAAACAACUUUCGCCGGUUGUCUUGUUCACUCAUGACCACUUGCAUCUCGCUCUCUCGCUGAAACCUGAUUUCAAAAAUACAAAAUACAACUACAAUCCUUGAAUCCUGUUUGCGCGCUAUAUUUCUGUUGUUGUCCUCAUACCUUGCUCUUUUCUUUUUGCUCCCCCGCCCCGCCCUCCGUUGCGAAGCUUCAAAACAAGAGCAGCAUCAGUAGCAGCAGCUAUGGACGGUUCAGACACUCUUGAGCGUAUGCAUUCUAAUCAGGAUCAUAACCAACAACAGGCAUCCACAAACUACAAAGAAGCCUUCUCGCUCUUCGAUAAGCGCGGAAACGGCCGUGUCGCCCUCGAAUCUCUCGGCGAUCUCCUGCGUGCCUGCGGGCAGAACCCCACGCUCGCGGAGAUUGCAGAUCUGGAGAAGAGCAUUGGCGGAGACUUUGAUUUCGAAGCUUUCUCCAAAGUCCUCAACCGGCCAGGCGGCUUCCGUGACCCUGGGGAGCCAGAGGAGUACUGCCGCGGAUUCCAGGUAUUUGAUAAGGAUAUGACUGGGUUUAUUGGCGUGGGCCAGCUGCGUUAUAUUCUCACAAACUUGGGUGAGAAAAUGACCGAUGACGAGGUUGAUGAACUUCUCAAGGCCGUUGACACGAGCUCCGGAGAGAUCAACUAUACAGAACUGGUCCGGACAAUCCUUGCCAACUAAACUAUUACCUCGAUUCCCAUUCUAAGAUUAUUAUAUCAUUUUUUUCUCGCAAAUUCGCCCUAUGGUCUACGAUGAGAUGUUUCUUUUACUUGUCCCCUUGGUCGUUGUUUUUCGAAAUGCCCCGCGUCUGCUUUUCUCCCCUGGUCCCCAAUCGCCGCCCACUCGAAUUCUCCCCGCGCAUCCAUUUUCUGAGAUCGUGAGGAGGAGAGUGAUUUCACUUCGAUGCGGGUUUGAACAAUGGCAGCGUGGGUUAGGUUAAUGUUUUUUUUGCAUUAGACUACUUUUUUUUCUCGCUUACAGCAAAAUAACUUUUUUUAUGAAUGGGUGUCUGGCCGGGCGGUUAUCACUUAUGGGAUUUAUUGUCAUGAAUGCACUAGUACAGCUGUUCGGAUGGCAGGGAACUAGAUAGAACUCCACCAAGCAAUUGUUCUGCUCUGUUUAUGUUUUAUGUUUUAUGUUUUUCGCCCUUGUUUUUCAUAUUUCUAUUACCACUUAACAUAAUAGUUUUCUUUUUACAUGUAGAUGAUCGUUUUGUAAUUCAACCUGUUGCAGCCUCAGGUGCAUUUGGUUUAUCAUUUUUACAUGUAUAUAAUUGUAUCCAAUCUCAUACAUUCACCAAUAGCCUUACUGUCCCCACCGUGUCUUCAUUAUAAGUUAU